AUGGCGGCGCCGCCCAUGGCUUCCCUCCAUCUGUGCUCUCUCAUCCUGAUGGUAUGUUCUCUCUUCCUCGGCUCCGCAGUAGACGAUCCCAUCUACAGUCUGUGCAACACGGGGAGAAACUACACCGACAAAAGCACCUUCCAGGACAACCUCGGUCACCUCAUCUCCUCCCUCUCCUUGUCGGUCCCCGCUACCGGCUUCGCCAACGGCACAGUUGGGGAGGUCCCCAACAGGGUUUAUGGCCUGAUGAUUUGCCGAGGGGACAUCAACGAAAGCAGGUGCCGGGAAUGCCUUGCCGGCAUCUCCUGGAACGCCGCAACGAAAUGCCCCCGAAACAAGGGCGCCACCAUCUUCAACGAGCUCUGCCACCUGCGUUACUCCGACCAGAACUUCUUCGGCUCGUCCACGGGGACGGAAAUCUCCAUGUGGAACACGGGAAACGUCUCGGACGUGCCUACCUUCGACCGCCUACUGGGGGAGCUCUUGGGCAACCUGACCAUACGCGCCUCCUCGUCGGAGAGGAGAUUCGCCAACGGGUCGGUGGACUUCACCAACUUCGAGAAGGUAUACGCGCUUGUCCAGUGCACCAGAGAUUUAGCGCCGGAGACCUGCAACACUUGUCUAAUGGACGAGAUCAGCUAUAUUCCCCAGUGCUGUGAGGCAAAAAAAGGGGCGAGAGUGAUCGGCGGGAGCUGUUACCUCCGGUACGAAGUAGCUCCCUUCUUUAAUGCCUCCGCCGCCGCCGACCCGCCAGCGCCUCCUCCUCCCCCUUCCGUACCGGCUAAUACGUCUCCGCCGCCCUCUGGGACCCCCGCUGCAGGAGGUAAAAGCUAAGUUUGUUGCUAUGUUGCUUCGUCCUUUCACAAUUUCCUCAUCUAGGACUUUGAGCGAAAGAAACGAGUCAAGGUUCUUUGAGGUUUUUCGGGGUGAUCACUCUCAUACUGACAGGCUCUGUUCGAUCUAUUUCUUUACUUCUGCAUGAUAAUUUCUGUUUUUUUAAUUUUAAACGGUGCCCAAAAAGCUUCUUUUGCAGUAAAGUAAAAAAAAAUAAAGCUAAAAAAAUUAAGUGAAGUGAAUCAUGAACUGUCCAUUCUUUCUUUCGCAGAUAAAAAGAACAAGAAUUUGACAAUAGCUGUGGCGAUUGCUGUCCCACUCACGGUUUCUUUCGCAAUUAUGGCUGCCAUAUGGAUUUGCAUAAGGAGGAAAAAACUAAUUGGUAGGUUACCAACUAUUUAUGAAAUCAUUUUAUCUGAGAAGUAAUCUGACACCAAAUUGGUUAGUAUAUCUAAUUGAUUGAUUUGACAUUAAGAAUAUUUUUUGACUAACUAAAUAUCUUUACUUAUGUUGAGUUUCAUCAACAUCAUGUUCAGCAUAUGAUGAACAAUGCAAAGAUGGUGCCAAUGAAGCUGAUUCCUUACUAUUUGACUUAGACACUUUAAAGCUUGCUACAAUGAACUUCUCCGAUCAAAACAAGCUUGGUGAAGGAGGGUUUGGCGUUGUCUACCAGGUAAACUAUUUGAUUAACAAUGAUUACUUAUUAUCAAGUUAUUGAGCAUGAACCUUAUGAGACUGUUAAUGCGUCCUACGGAGGUUGUACUUUUUUUUCUCUGUAGACUAUCAUUACAAUCUAAAUAUCAUUUAGGGCAUUAUCACCUCAGCUAUGACCUUAUCCUGUAAUAAAUUUCACUAAUCCAAGGUUUCUACAUUUCACAUUAAUUAGCAUACAUAUUUUGUCCAGGGUGUGCUCACAGACAGGCGACUAAUAGCAGUGAAGAGACUUGUAACAAGCUCUGCCCAAGGAAUAGGAGAACUUAAGAAUGAGGUUGCCUUAGUGGCCAAACUCCAUCAUCGUAAUUUGAUAAGGUUGAUGGGUUAUUGCUUGCAAGCUCAAGAGAAGCUAUUAGUAUACGAAUAUCUGCCAAAUAAAAGCCUUGACAAAUUUUUAUUUGGUAUACUUCUAACUUUGAUUCUUUCUAUUCUUCAAAAUAUCAUCCCAUCAGUUUGAUUUAUCAUUAGCUACUCACUAUUUAUUUGUCUAAUUUUCAGUAAUAUUAAAUCAAAUGUAACGUUUCAAGAUGUACAUAAUGUGGAUCUAAUCUCUUUGUGUUUGGAUGGUAGAUCCAUUUAGAUCCAAGGAACUGACUUGGGAAAAGAGGGUGAAUAUUAUUGAAGGAAUUGCCCGAGGACUCCUAUAUCUUCACGAAGAUUCUCAACUGAAGAUAGUUCACAGAGAUCUGAAGGCUAGCAAUAUAUUGUUGGAUGCCGGGAUGAAUCCAAAGAUUGCUGAUUUCGGUCUCGCAAGGCUAUUCGGAAAUGAACAAAGUCAUGGAAACACAAACCGAAUUGCCGGAACAUUGUAAGUCUACACAACCAAAUUACGAACAACUACCCUGUUAUAUUUUUUUUUCUGUAUUAAUUCCAUAUGAGCUAAUGUUUUUAGUACAAGUUUAAUGGUUUCCUAUGUUUGUAUGUAUAUGUGUGUGUAUAAAAAUGUCAGCAGAUUGAACCCAAGUUAGAGCUAGUUUAUGAUUAGAAGAGAGAAGUCUUGGAAAUGAGCUCAAGUUGGAGUGUAUUCUAGAUUAGUUAGAUAUCAUAGGGAACUUUCCUUGGUGGUGGUGGCCAUAAAACAUAAGCGAGAGAAGGAUGUGUGAAAUGUGUGGUGAACAGUAACAUUAUGUGUACAAGAGAGCACCUUCCAUAUGUUGGCAUGUAAGGAUCUCUCAUCAUUUCAUGCCCACUGGAAAUACGUUCAUAUAUCUAGAUUUCGGGGCAAGUUUGCAAAAUCGUAUUAACUUUGUCAAAGAUCAUGAUCAAAGCGCAUUAGAUAGCUAUAAAUCAAUACAAAACUUGACACACUUUUAUUUAAUGGUGAAAGUGGCUACAUGGCACCAGAGUAUGUGAUGCAUGGGCAGAUCUCUACAAAAUCAGAUGUUUAUAGCUUUGGUGUCCUACUUUUGGAAAUAGUGACUGGCAGAAGAUGCACUGGCUACUAUGGCUCUGAUCCUCCAACUGACCUCAUAAGCUAUGUAAGAAUGGCCAUAACCUUUGAAGCUACGUUCUAGGUAUCUACUUUGACACCCCUUUGUGAUGAGGUUCUCUAUUAAUUUACUGUAUCUGGCAUAUUCCUAUAGAUUUGGCAACAUUGGGAGAAAGGAAACCCAGUGAAACUGGUUGACAAAGGCAUAACCGAUGGUUGUUCAACAGAAGAAGUAUUGAGGUACAUUCACAGUGGGCUACUUUGCGUCCAACAAGACCCACUGGACCGUCCCAAGAUGUCUUUUGUCAUUUUGAUGCUCAACAGUGACUCGACAUCUCUUCCGGCCAUAUCUCCCUUGUCAUGCUUAACCUACAGCAGCACGAUUGCUAGUGGGGACCAAGGAAUGACCAAUAGGCCAAUGGAUGGGCCCUCUAUGACUUGGCCACCAAGAAAUGAUGUAUUGACUAUAAAAUCAGACAACACCAUGUUUGAGUCUUGCUAG